AAUGUGGUCCGUGUAAACACUGUCUGGGGUUAAAGUUCAACCUCCUGGGCAAAGUUUCCAGCAUUCCAAUUGCGGCGGAGAAGGUAAGCAACAAGUUUUUCGGCAACUGCUUUUUUCAUUGUAUGACUUUGGACUGAUGCAGUGCAUUUUGCUCGACUAGCGUAUCCCUAAACUGCACUGUCACAAAAGGAAAGGUAAGAAUUUAGAGGACCGUGUUGCAAAGUGUCAUGAAGUUCUUCACAUGUUGUCAAGGUGUUCCUCAUAUUAAACAGACAAAAUGCUCAAGCGAGUCUCCGCAGUGAUGAUUCGAAGAGGACUUUGGACAUUUCCAAAUGACAGCCCCUUUCAAGUUCAUCCAUCGGUAUCGCAGGCGCUGGCAGAAAAUCGCCCGGUGGUGGCGCUGGAGAGCACUAUCAUCACUCACGGCAUGCCCUAUCCUCACAAUCUCAGCACAGCCAGAGAGGUGGAGGCCAUCGUGAGGGCCCAAGAUGCCACCCCCGCCACUGUCGGGGUGAUUGAAGGCAAAGUUUGCGUCGGUUUGUCUGUGGAGGAGCUGGACUUCCUGGCCCGCUGUGACGGCUCCGUCAAGGUGUCUCGUCGUGAUCUGCCGUAUGUGGUGAGCCAGGGGCUCUCUGGGGGGACCACGGUAUCGGCCACCAUGAUCGCGGCACAGCGAACUGGCAUCCCCGUGUUUGUCACUGGAGGCAUCGGCGGAGUGCACAGAGAUGGAGAGAACAGUCUGGACAUCAGUGCUGAUCUAACAGAACUGGGCAGGACUCCCAUCGCUGUGGUGUCUGCGGGGGUCAAAUCUAUUCUGGACAUCGGGCGCACUCUGGAGUUCCUAGAGACCCAGGGUGUUUGCGUCGCCACCUAUGGCACGUCAAAAGAUUUCCCAGCCUUUUUCUCACCAAUAAGCGGAUUCACCUCCCCAUACCAAGUCUGUGACCCUGACAACGCUGCGCAACUUAUCGAGAGCACUUUGUCGCUAGGUGUCCACAGUGGCGUGUUGAUAGCUGUGCCCAUCCCGCAAGAGCAUGCAGCGGCAGGCCAGCAGAUAGAGCGUGCAAUACAGACAGCCUUGGCAGAGACCAGUUCUCAAGGCAUCGCUGGAAGAGACGUGACGCCGUACAUUCUCCAAAGGGUCAACGAGCUGACGCAAGGAGAGUCCCUUCUCGCCAAUAUUGCUCUCAUUCAUAACAAUGCUAAAGUUGGCAGUCAGAUCGCCUGCGCGCUGUCAAAGCGGAUGAAGAAAAGAAAGUCAAGUAGCACAUCACAUCAUCCCGCUAAACAAUCUGCAUCCAGUAUUGUUGUCAUCGGAGGAAUAAAUGUGGAUUUUAUUGCAAAAGGAAAAACAAAAACACUUCAAUUUGGACAGACCAACCCAGGGAGUGUUUGUCAAUCAUACGGGGGCGUAGGACGAAACAUCGCUGAUUGUUUGAGCCGUCUGGGGCAUCAACCGAUGUUCAUCUCAGCCACUGGAGCUGAUUCUCACAGCGAUGCCGUCUUCAACUACUGCAAACAUAUGGACACCAGCAACGUGAUGAGGUUGGAAGGUCAAAGCACAGCUACUUACUGUGCCGUUAUCACUGAAAAUGGUGAACUCAGUCUGGGACUGGGCGACAUGGACAUUCAUCAGCAGAUAACAGAACAAUGUGUGUCACAGUUUGAAAACCAGCUUUUGUCGUCUUCUCUGGUGUGUCUUGAUGGCAACAUCCCGGCAUCCACCAUCAGAUAUGUUUGCUCCGUCGCCAAACAUCACAACAUCAACGUCUGGUACGAGCCGACGGAUUCAGAAAAAGCUUGUAAGCCCUUCCUGUCGGACGCCUGGAAGUCGCUGUCCUACGCGUCACCCAACCUGGCGGAAUUGUGCACCAUGAACAAAACACUUGGCCUCCAAACACCUGAAGUGCUCCCAAACUCCCUGGAGCAGGUGCUGAGUCUGGCCGUGGCCCUCUCACGCCCCCUUCUGGAGCAUCUCCACUGCCUGGUGGUGACCCUGGGCAAGAAUGGAGUGUUGGUAUGCGGUGAACACCACGUGGGCUCCGUCAACUUGAAGCCAAGGAAACAGAGGAAGACGAGGAAGCUGUGCGCUGUCCACUACCCAGCACUGAGUGUAGCGGCACAUGAGACAAUGAACGUCUCAGGAGCAGGGGAUAGUCUUGCAGGCGCCUUGAUGGCCGGGAUCGUCCAGGGACGAGACACGGACACAUGUGUUCGGAUGGGUCUCCUGGCCGCACGCCUGUCCCUUGCAUCACCGCAUCCUAUUGCCCCGGUCCUGACGACACACUUGGUAGAGCCCGGCCGCGUCGAAAAUCACCGCUGGCCCAAACCGACUUUCAUGUGGAUAGACUGACUGCAUUUGGAGUUGGUUCAAUUUGUCAAUUUACACAGUUUGACAAGCUGUACAUUGUAAAGGUUAAUUUUUUUCGUGUUGUCCUAUGAAAAUGUAUAAUAAAAUGUUUACAAAACUCUGA